AUGACACUCUUCAAUGUGGCAUUGCGACCAUUGGAGUCGGGGAAAUUCAUCGUGGAACACGGAAGACUAAUCAAAAUCAACGAAAAUGGAGUGCAACGAGUUGCUCAAAUGAUUUAUGACGCUGCAAAGGAUGGGUCGAUUGCAGAGGUUGAGUUCUCUGCGCAUAGUGUUCAUCCAAAAGGCAAAGGUAGAACAGUAGUAGACUGGGUUUUCCUCACUGACACUGUCAACUUCUCCUUUUGGCCUGAUCAAGGUUCCAGCUAUGAUGUAACCUAUGAAGAAACCAAGUAUACUGGAUAUUUUGCUGGAUGUGCUGCCAUCAACAAGGCAAUAGAUUCAGGCCUUGAUGUAACGUCUGCAGAAUGGAUGGCCAAUGCUUCUAAGAAGGAAGUGGAUACCAUGUUUAGGUCAGAUGGCGGAUUUUCCAUCCCUCUGAUUGAUGAACGAGUAAAAGCUAUUAACGAGUCAGGAAGAGUACUUCUAGAGAAAUGGAAUGGUUCAUUUUAUAACUGCAUUCUAGCAGCAGAGAGAAGUGCUGAAAAACUUUUGAACAUAAUUGUCGAACAUUUCGAGUCCUUCAGGGAUUUCGCUGAAUUUCAUGGACAGAAAGUUUCGUUUCUGAAGCGCGCACAAAUUCUUGUAGCUGAUUUAUAUGCAACACUUAAGGACGACGAUCCUGCUUGCGCUUUCCCAGAUAUCGGAAUCCUUACUAUGUUCGCUGAUUAUCGGGUCCCACAAGCUUUGACAUUCCUCGGUGUUUUGGAGUACUCGAACGAACUUCUUGAAAUACUAAAAUCAAAUCAUUGUCUGGAGAACGGCAGUCCGGAGGAAGUGGAGUUACGGGGAGCAUCCAUAUGGGGAUGUCAGCGAAUCGUAACUGCAAUACAAAAGCUGCGUACCGGUGAAGGUGAUAUAGUAAGACCUAUUAACGCUAUGGAUGUUGAUAUUUUUGCUUGGGUUUACCGUCGUAAACAUGCCACUGAAAUCGAGAAGAAGGUUCCAUUCCAUCGCACCCGGUGCAUCUAUUACUAG